GGUCUCUGCAGUGCCAGCAGAAAAUGAAAAGGAGGCAGACCUGAUAUCGCUUCUGUUGGAGUUUCUCUCUCGCACACCGCCCCGCACUUAUGCGUGUUGAAUGCCACGGUCGCGCGGAGACGGUGCGGAGACUCCCGGUGGCAUGACUGCUGGACUCCCGUGCGCGAGGUUCGACGAAGUAGUGCACCGACUGUUUUGGAAACAUCGCACCGGCCGAGAGUAGACCGUGUGUGGGAGAGAGGCAGAGAGCGGUCCUGCCCCCUUCAAUGACCGACCACCAGCGCUAGCGAUAAAAGCCUCGCUGGCAACCAUGGACGGCUACCAUGAGUCUCCUUAAGUAGUAUUGCUGCUGAGCUCUUGGCCCGGAGUGUUUCACUAUGCCCGACCGGUGGUGCUCCAUGCGGCUCUCAGUUGCCUGAUAACGCCGUUACGGGCCUGCUUUUUCCAUCUGGAAAUUUCUUGGCAGGGGAAAGCAGGCCAGCUAGCACCGCUAGCGCUAGCCCCCUUUGCCGCGCUGCAUCCCGGGCUCUAACGGUGCAGGUUUUCUCCCAUGACCAGGCCAUUGACACUUUCGUCCGUCAAUUCGAGGACUUUUUAAACUCCAAAAAAAGUAUUUUAUGGGAUUCAUAUCGGCGAAAGAGAAGCGGGCCUAAGCCAAAAUGGUGAACUGGAGGCGACUGCUGCGAAUGUCCAACCGAUCAUUUCUGGCCUUCAUAUUCUUCUUCUCCAUGUCCACCACUUGUCUCUACUUCAUUUACGUGGCUCCUGGAAUAGCCAACACAUACUUCUUCAUGGUGCAGGCUCAGGGCAUCAUGUUGAGGAACAACGUGAGGACCUUCGGCCAGAUGAUCCGAUUGUACACGAACAAGAACAGUACACUCAACGGGACGGACUAUCCUGAUGGCAGUAACUCCAGUGAGUACCUGGUCCAGCCGACCACGUACCUCCCUGAGAACUUCACCUACGCCCAGAACCUCCCCUGCCCAGAGCGAUUACCUUCUAUGAAGGGCCUUAUGGAAGUGAACAUGACAGAGAUCCCCAUGGAGGAGAUAGAACUGAAGUUCUCUAAGUUUUUUGACAUUGAGUUUGGAGGCCAUUGGAAACCAAAGGACUGCAGACCUCGCUGGAAGGUGGCCAUCCUGAUUCCAUUCAGAAACCGCCAUGAACAUCUCCCCAUCCUCUUCCAACACCUCAUCCCCAUCCUGCAGAGACAGCGGCUGCAGUUCGCCUUCUACGUCAUCGAACAGAGUGGGAGCCAGCCCUUCAACAGAGCCAUGCUCUUUAAUGUGGGAUUCCUGGAGGCCAUGAAGGACUUGGACUGGGACUGCUUGAUCUUCCAUGACGUGGACCACAUCCCCGAGAACGACCGAAACUACUACGGCUGUGGUCAGAUGCCCCGCCACUUUGCUGCCAAGCUGGACAAAUACAUGUACAUCCUUCCAUACAGCGAGUUCUUUGGUGGUGUGAGCGGACUCACCGUGGAGCAGUUCCGCAAGAUUAAUGGCUUUCCCAAUGCAUUCUGGGGCUGGGGAGGAGAGGACGAUGACUUGUGGAACAGGGUUCACUACGCUGGUCUGAAUGUGACACGACCAGAGGGAGAGAUCGGCAAGUACAAGUCAAUCCCUCACCACCACAGAGGAGAGGUGCAGUUCCUCGGGAGGUACAAACUGCUGAGGUAUUCCAAAGAGCGGCAACACUUGGACGGACUCAACAACCUCCACUACAGCCCCCACAUCUCCCUCAGCAGCCUCUACAAGAACAUCACGGUGGACCUGUACCCUGAGCUCGCUCCUAUCACAGACUACUGAACUGCCCCGCCCCCUGCGCCCCACCAAGCCCCCCACUCCCCUCCCUCUACCCAACCCCUGGUCCACACACCCCCAGCUCAACAACUCCCCUGUGGCCUGGCUUCCCAGUGCCCCUGUCAAGCCAAAUUCAGAGGCGUAGCGGCAGAGGAGAGGAGGGGGGGCGCAGGCCGGGAGGGGUGAACCGAAAAAAGAGAGGAAAAAAUGAAGAGGCAGUGGCAAAGUCUCUCAAAGUGAACUGUCGAUUGUGUGUGUGUGUGUGUGUGUGUGUGUGAGUGUGAGUGAGUGUGAGAAAGAGAUUGGUGAGUUGCUGCAUGUCUUUUUGUCCGUGCCGGCUUAACUUCUACAAGUUGACAUGAGUCUUGGUUUAGACUGGAGGGAGCAGCAGCAUCUCAGCUCCGAUGUUUACUGCAAAGCCUUAACGUGGCAGAACCACAGCUCCCUCCCGCUCGGCUCCGCACUGCUUCACUUCUGAUGUAUCACCGUCACCUUACAAGCCAACAGACAAGAUCUUUGUCUCACUUUCUACUAUUGUUUUGUUUUAUACAUAUCAUUUCGUCAGGCCGCAGCAAUUCCUUUUUAAAAGGAGGGAUCUGAGCGAGGUCGACAUUAAUGUUUGUGAUGUACAUUUUUUAUUUUUAUUUUGAUAAUGUAGUAUUUAUUUUUGCUCUGAGUCAGGACGAAGCGCUCCUGUCGUGUCACUCAAGUGUUUUUUGCCGUUUUGUUUCGCUGCACUGCUGCUGAAUCCGCAUGAACAUGUAUGUAAAUAUCGGCCUCUUAAAAGCUCGAACACAGAACACAAACAUGUAAAUAUGGGCCUUUAAACGCUCGGGCAUAUUACAGUGAAUAUUCCAGUGGGUUUGAAUUUUAUUUUGGCAGCUACCUUCGUUCUGAGGAUUUAAUAAAGAGUGAGUGGUUUCUUCCUAACAGGAAGAUCUUCUAACAGUAUAGGAUGUUUGGCUUAAAAAAAAAAGUAUCCAAAUCUCAAGAUUUGACAUUAUCUUUUGCAUGCCUUAAUUUAUUUUGUUUACCAGAUUUUGUUCUUUUUCAGACAUAAAUUAUUUCAUCAGUUAGAGAUGUGUAUAUUUUUUAAUUUUGCCUUUUUUGUGCUUUUUUUCUCUUUGAGGUGCACUGUGUGAAAAAGAGUAGAGCUGCUCUCAGAUGGAGGGUGGCGCGACCGCGUCCCUCCCCUGUGACUUUUGUACAGGGAGCAGGGUCGGCCAUUACAGCAGGAGUGUGUCCACACAACAUGCUUUAGUACAGGGUCAUGGUCUCAUGUGAGUGUAUAUUUUUUGUCUCAGACGUGUUUUUAUUUUUUAUGAUUUUUAUUCCAAUGAUUUAGUGCUGGACCAUGUGAUAAAGCUCUUCUUUGUACUGUACCGUGCGCUGAAAGCAUGGGGAUUGGGGCUGGAUGCUGUGUGUGUGUCUGGACUGUGGUGUUGUUAAUAUUUUCUGAGCUUGUGAGGCAGUCAGAAGGGCCAGAAUGAGAGAACCUUGGCAUCAGCCCCUCGCAGCUGGAGCCAUUGCUGUUCUUGAAUGGCAUGCGCUGUGAAAAGUUUCAUUUCUUAAAGCUUUGAGCACUAUAAAGAUGGAGAGAAACAUGUAGGCAGAUUAUUUUUGACCAGAUGUUCACUGUUAAGAUUCUCCUCUAUAUCUCUAGGUUUUGAAUUUGACCAUGAAUUGUAUGUUUGGACAUUAUCUUUGAUUGUAUGUCCAGAGAUUUUAAAUUAGAACUCUGGCCAUUUUGUUGCCCUGGGCCCUUACUUCCUGUUCAUCUUGUUAACUGCUCAGUUAGAGUCUCUUAGAGGCCCUGACACACUGUGCCAUUUUGGUCCAAACUGUGGUCCUAUCUCACUGUGAGACACGUCAACCGACGGCCCAAUUAGAGCUUUGGUAACCAAAGACGUGUAAGACCUUCAGAACCAAAUGGUUUCUAUGUGACUGCUGCUAAAAGCCACAAAUCAACUGAUCAGAACAGUACAUGUAACACGCUGUCCAACCCAACACUAAUGUACAUACACACAGCUGUGUACUGUAUAUAUCAUGGUGGCAUAACUGUCAGUUUUUCCAUUGAAUUGGUCAUAUCACAUGAUCUUCAUCAGCAGAGGGGAGUUUGCCCUGUUAUGGAUGUGUGCUGCUGAAGAUCAUGUGAAAUAACUGAAAGCUCGAGAGUAGCUACUUAAAGGUCCUCUUCGUGAGAUUUGGUAAAGAUGGACGAACAUUUUUAAAACACGAGUGGCCAUGCAUGUCGAUGGCGUUUCUGCUCUCAUAUUUAGAUUUACAUUUUUAGAAAUCAAACGAUUAGUCAUUCAAUCAACUGACCCUUCCUAAGUCCCGCCCCCUUUUCCCUGUGCUCCAAUAACAGUUGAGCACGCCUCAGUCAACUUCCUCUUUUCCUCUACAUUGGAGCUCAGAGCAAAAAGGGGCGGGACUUGGGGUGGGUCAUUGACUGGAUUGACAGAAAGUUAGUCUGCUACUGUUUGGAUAAUUGAUUAAUUGUUUUAGUAAGACAGCGAGCAAUUUGAAGAUAAAGUAAUCAGCAGAUUAGUUGAAUUUUUAGUUGCAGGCCUAUUUAGUUUUCUGUUUAUGUUGUAGCGCUGUGAGCAUCCUGACGUGCCUCAACAUUGACAUGAUACAGUGACCUAGACUGUAUUAGACCCAUCACUGGACUUACAAGAUGGCUGUUAUCUCACAGUGUGCAGGGUCCGUGGCGCACUCAUUCUUGUCUGAUGCGUCUCUCCUGUCAGUACUGCUGUCAGCAGGCUAAUAAAAGCAUGUCUUUUUUCAGAGUGGAGACACUGUGUGAUAAGACGUGGAAAUGAGUUCAUAGCCUAAAGUGUUAAAUGGCACCACUUUUCAAAGGUGCUUCAGUGGUAUUUUUGGCUUUCAUGACGUGUUGAAAAGACAGUGUUGGUGCUCUGUUAAUAUUUGGAGAGAAAGCUGACGGGUCCACAUGUAGUGAAGCAGUUGAUGAGGUUUAGCUGACAGUAGAGGGAAAAUGGGCUCCAGGCAUGAAAUGGCCAGAGUGAUGUUUAUUUUCUAUAGUUUUUAAAGCAUUACGUGUCCGUCAGGGUUCUUCCACAAACGCUGCAAGGACUUCUGGGAAAGGCCGUCUUUAAGCCACGGUGGAUAUAUCCUGACCUCACCUACCCUCCCAAAAGCCCUUGCAGCGGUGACCAUCGGAGCAGCCCGUAUAUGUUUACAGUUGUUAUUUUGUUUUGUUUUUUGUGGCUGAACCUCAAUGCUACGGCACAAUCCGGCUCGUGUUCCGCCACAAAGCUUUAACACUUCAGAGCGAGAUUAGAGAGAAGAGCAGAGUCACCGGUCGCCAUUUUAGCUGUGCUCCUUCCUUUUUCCGAGCUUCGAACAGCGUCGGUUUAGCAGAUGAUUCUCUUGUGCUAUGCCUUUCUUAGCUUAGUACCACAUUUUUUUGCGUAAGAGAAGAAGUGGGGCGUGUUUGUAGGUUGCACUGGCCGCGGUCUGACCGUGUACCAGCAAUAUUGUCGAAGUGGUUCACGUGGCCCGGCUGCUCACUUCAUCACAGCAUUGUAUUCAUGACUCUUGAUGAUCAAGUGGUCAGGGCAUAACCCCCGCCCACCCCCAUCCACCAUUACUUAUACACCCUGCCCCCCUUGGUCUGUUGCUACAGUAUUUAAUGCAGCAGUAAUGCCUUAAUUAUUAAUUACUGUUUGUAGUGAAAUAUCAAAUAUCUGAGAAGCUGUAUUCAAAAAUAAGAAGCCACUUCCAUGACUAGAUUGAUUCAUGUGGUUUUUCAACCCUUCUAAAAACAUAAAUUUUUCUUAAUGUUAGGGAAAAUUAGGGUAACAAAACGUACCACUUUGAACAUGAUUUCAUUCAGAUGACAUUCUACAUGAACUCCAUGGUUGUGCAAAUUGAGUUAAAGUUUGUCCAGACAGACGGUUUUUAGACACAUAAACGCUAAAGACCAAGACGCCCCAUUUUCUUCGUUUUGGUUGAAGUGCUUGUUUCAUCAGCAUCGCCUGUCAAAACUCUAGCUACCCUCCCCCGCCCCUCAGUGCAAGGGUUACCUGGCCUCUGCAUUUCCCCACCCACCUGUUCUGUCAUUUUACAGAAAAACAAACCUUAAUCACGAUUUUUUUAAAAAGCAAGCGGAGCAUCUUUUCUCACUCUCUCCCACAACAGCCUAAACAUAGACUUGGCUUUUACAGUAUUUACAGUGUAGUGUAUAAUCAGCAAACCAUCUGGUUUAGAGUCAGACAUUCUCUACAGACAGUCAAGGUCAGAGAGGGGAAGAACUGAACAACAGAAAUUUACAGCCCUUAUGUGGGAGAUGCAGCUUGUUAAAGGGGCACUCCAGCAGUUUAGCAUUGUGUCAGACAGAGACGGAUAAAAAAAACAGUGAGUGACGAGUAAACCCUUUGAAUUUAAGAAAAUUGGCACCAAGCUCCAAAAACACUGAGUGAGUUUCAGUGUUUUCAACUUCUCAAAGUGCAACUCAAAGCCUGUGUGUGGUGAAUGCGCAUUUCCAGAAAUGUGGAAUUUCUGUUAUACAUUUGUAGCCCAAGAUGUAUGGAAGCCCAUUUCUGCCAAUGUUUCUUUAAGUCAUUAUGAGAAACAUAUUAUUUUGACUCAUCAUUCAUGAGAUAACCAUGAUGAUAUCACUAUUGCAUCAUCAAGGUUAUUGUCAUUGGCAGAAUAGAACUCAACCAUUCUAUGUAAAUUUGGAGUUUUCCUUUAACAACUGAAGCAGUAGUAGGCGAGGCAGGUCAUAGUAUUGAAUAUCACGGACUAUCUCUUUUACACAUUGUUGUGCUUUAAUGCUCUUCUCGAGAGCAGUACCAAGUGAAUAAACGGAAGAAUGACGGGGCAAGUCAGCAUAUAGGGUUUAGGAUCAGACUGUAUUCCAUCAUUCUCAUGGAUCUUUGUAUCUAGUUCACAUGGGCCAAGCCUAAACUCUGGUCCAGAUGCCAAGUGCUAAACCGGGUUAGUCUUAUCUUGGAUAAUUUUUUCAAAACCGUUUGUAUUAGUCUUUAGGGUGUCGGGUCGGCAGGUUAUCAGCAGACUCCACCCAGAACCGUUUUAUCUGAAACCUUAAAGUAUUGUUCAUAUGAUGUGUUCACCAUUAGACAACUGUAUUCCAUUUUGCAGUAUUUAUUUGUGCCUUGAGUUCUUUUUUCUUUUUCACUCUACAUUCAGAUUGAAGCGAUUAAAAGUGUUUUUUGUUUUCCUGAAUUGUCGAUGUUUUGUCCCCUUUAACCAUAUCAAGUCAGACAGGAAUAUGUUCACGAUAAGAAUCCAAAAGAUCAGUCUGUCCACUCCAGUGUUUAUGGCUGCCUUGACGUUGCGUGUAACAUUCCACUGUGACCGCCUGUGGGUGCACGUUCGACGAAAGCUUCGCCCUCAUGCACCAAGACUGAGAUGCGAGGGCAGCCUUUAUGUUUAAUGCACAUCACUUUCAGCUCAUUUGCCUAGAAAUUGAUACAAACAAGCACAUAUCCUUCUGUCGUCAACACUCUCAAGCACAAAUUGGCUGAAGCUAAGAGGCUCAUCCACCAAGAGCUGCACCUCAAAAACCUCUUUGAUAGGCUUCAAAUCUGCAUGCCUACAAAUACAUAUGUGGACAAAAUAAUGUAAUUUACAUCCAAUUUCCUUGUGCAUGACUGAAGCAGGUCCACAGAGGCUCUGCAGGCAGCUUCCCACCAAUGGGCAGUUACUGAACAAACAGCGUUCCGUUCAAUUCACAUGUUCAUCCCAGUGCUAAGUAACCCAGGCUCUGAUGUUUAUCAUCAUUCUGCCUCACACUGGUCAUGUGUAUGUUUGUAACACCUGUCUUUAUUUUCCCAUCUUCACCAGCCCAUCUUGCAUUGUAUCAAAAUGUACUUUUCUUAAACUCUCAAAAAUGUUCAUAUGAGAACCUGACUGAUAAAUCAAUAUCACAGUAUAUUGGUUUAUGUGCUGAUAGAUAGAGACCAAUGUGCAUCCAGAUGCCAAAGAUGUUCGAAGUCAUUGAGAAAUAGUGUUGCUGUUACAUCUUUUGUCCACCAGAGUGUGCUGACAAGUUAAUCGACUGCAAGGUGCCCUGCUCAAUACAUGUCUGGGUCACAGUUCUAAAAGAACCAGUGUUAAGAAUUAAGAACUUAUGUCUAUCAAUAACAUUUCAGUUUUUUAACAAAAGCAAUUUAUCACAAGGUGGACAGGUGGCAAACUUUCCAGAGCUUUCAGCCACAUUGAUCAUAACAUAAGAGUGGAGCCGAUAAAUCAGCUGCUAUUAGUAUAUUGCAGAUAUAUUGGUAUCACUGUAUAUGGCAGAACUUCAGAAAUGCUUAAGAUAUGUUUGAAGGAACAUUGCACCACAAGGUGUUCCUGUUCUGGAACUUUCCUUUUUAUCCCAACUUUUAAGCCAACAUGAGUAAAAAAUCUAAAAUACCUUGAAAAAUUAUCUAAGAGAUCUUGAUCAUGGGAUACAGUUGAAAGCUCCAGAGCAGCUACACAAUGGAUCUUUUGGUGAGAACCAUAGAAUGAAUUGUCAAUCCCAAAAUGUUUGAAUUUCUUCAGAAAAAGUGCUUGUAAAAUAAAUUAAUCAAUAAGUUAGAGUUUUUAUAACCAUCCAUUUAUUGAACAAUGUCCUGAGAGCUUUAUUAAAAUUAAAAUUAGGACUGAAAUGAAAAUAAAUUGGCCCUUCCUAAGUCCCACCCCUUUUAAGCCUCGAUCAGAACCUCAGUCAACUUUCUCCUUUCCUGUACUUAGUUAUGCUAUGUGCUAGGCUAAUCUAUGUUGAAAAGACAACCACAUUGUGAAGAUGGUUAAAAGAUAAAGGCAACAUAUAUAUGUCACAUCUUAAGUUAGCUGUAUGUCAGCAAAAUGCUAGAUAACGAGCUACAUUCACAUCUGAAAAGUGAGCGUUUUACUAACGUUCGCUACCUUUCCUUCAAAAUUGAAUUUUGAACCACCAGUUGACUGGUUCCUAAAUUGGCGGGGCUUUGGAAGGGUCAGUCACCCAGGGAUCCUGGCCCUGUCCUGCAGAACUCAGUCUGGGUGUUGGACAGCAUCACUUCCUUUAGAAUGGUGUGGCACAGCUUUUCUUUGUAGCAUUUUGACCCUCCGUAUGUCACGAUCACCUGAUCACCACGAGUUCAUGUGGAAGAAGGAAGUGGAGUUGCGCACUGAGCCAACCCUGUGAAAAUUAAUGUUAAUGUAGCACUCACUCCGCACAUGCUCACUUCCUUCAGUUCUGUCUCGUUCCUGCCUCUCACUGGCUCUGAAGCAUGUGCUAGAGCCCACUCCCCCACUCCCCCACUCCCCCCACCCCCUCAGACAUCACUGAACUUUUUUACAUGGUGAAGUUAGCUCCAUUGUCAGACUUCUGCAGUCUUUGGUAACAGACAGUAUAAAACAGCUGGAGUCUGGUGUUGAACCGUUACUUUGUAAAGUUUUUUUUUUUUUUCUUUGUCAACAGAAGACAAAAUAAACACUUCAUUGCCAUAUUCUGGAAAACA